UCCUGCUAUACACGACCGUACUACUCCUGCUACUCUGUUUGUUUUUUUUUUUUUUACUCAAAAGUAAGGAAGAAUUAAGAGAGAGAAAAUGGGAAGAUCUCCAUGUUGUGAAAAGGAGGGGUUGAAGAAAGGACCAUGGACAAGUGAAGAAGAUGAACUACUUGUUAAAUAUAUCAACAAACAUGGUCAUGGAAAUUGGCGAUCUCUUCCUAAAAAUGCAGGUCUCCUUCGAUGUGGAAAGAGCUGUCGACUUCGUUGGACAAAUUAUCUUAGGCCAGACAUAAAACGCGGUCCAUUCACUCCUGAAGAAGAGAAGCUUGUUAUACAGCUGCAUGCCAUUCUAGGCAACAGGUGGGCUGCAAUCGCUGCACAACUACCAGGAAGAACAGACAAUGAGAUCAAAAACUUAUGGAACACCCACUUGAGAAAACGGUUAAUUUGUAUGGGCCUCGAUCCUCAAACCCAUGAACCAGCUUCUACACCUGCUGGACCAUCUACAAAACCCCCAGCAUCGCCUUCUACACGUCACAUGACCCAAUGGGAGAGCGCUAGGCUUGAAGCUGAGGCUCGGCUUUCAAGUGAGUCUUUAGUGUGCCACCCGCAUUCUGCUAGUUUCCUUGAUUCUGACUACUUCCUUCGUCUUUGGAACUCUGAAGUUGGAGAGUCGUUUCGAAACUUUGAAAUGAAGGAAAAGAUUGCAUGUCAAAGCCCAAUCUCCCAAGCAUCCACUUCUACCACAAAAUGUGCCUCUACUUCAGGUCUGACAGUAGAUAACCGAGAUGAAGAGAUCAAGUGUAAGAACUUUAUCAAAACCGAAGUUCUUGAUGUUAAUACAAGAUCAGAUUCUUCGAGCUCCAAUGAGUUAGAGGAUUCAUCUGAGUCUGCAUUGCAGCUGCUGUUGGAUUUUCCAGGAUACAAUGACAUGAGCUUCUUGGAAGAUCCUGUCGACAACUACUCUGAUAACGCGUGUUUUUUUAAGUUUUACUGAGGAUAUCUGGGGUUUUUUCGGUCACAUUUAGCAGUAUAUCUCUUAGUUAACGGUUAUAGUUCUAGCUUUAAGCUUACCUGCUCUCCUAAUCUAGUCAUGUAAAAUGUUCUGUUUCUUCUGAUAGGAUGCUUCCCUGAGCUGCAAAAUAGAGGUUCAUGUUCCUAGAUCUGUUUUCUGAUGUCGUGCUGCGUUUUGUAAUUGUAAUAUUGUCUGUAGACUCUUUAAAUGGCUUGAUUGAAAUAUAUGUAUAUGGUUUAUUGCAAA